AUGGCAGACCUGUCCUCGUUCCAGCGGGCCAACGAAGCAGUUGCCCAUCUCAGAAAUACCUUGCCAGAAGGCCUGCAAAAGCCGCAGGUCGCAAUUGUAUGUGGUUCAGGACUAGGAGGACUCGCAGAUACGAUUCACACUGAGCUACGAGCUGAAUAUGACUACGGAUCUAUUCCUCAUUUCCCACGCUCAACAGUUGCUGGACAUGCUGGGAAACUGGUCUUUGGGUUCCUUGGCCAGAAAAUCCCUGCAGUGUUGAUGGUUGGCCGUGCCCAUUACUAUGAGGGGCACUCGAUUGAUCAAGUGGCAUUUCCAAUUCGCGUGUUCAAGCAGUUGGGAGUUGAUACGGUUCACCUGUUCCUAGCGGGAUUGGCAGGAACCCACCCACUGAGGGGACCCAACGAGGAAGAGUUUGGAGUACGUUUCCCGCCCUUGUCUGACGCUUAUGACCUUGAGCUGCGUCGCCAUGUGCAUCAAGCAUGGAAGACAGUCAUAUCCCCAGAAAGCAGCAGAAAGUUGCACGAGGGUGUAUAUGCAUUCGUCGGAGGCCCCACUUACGAAACGAGAGCCGAGAGCCGAAUGCUUCGAAUGCUCGGGGCCGAUGUGGUCGGCAUGUCCACAGUACCUGAGAUUGUCGUCGCCAGGCAUUGUGGCCUCCGACUGCUUGCCUUCAGUCUAGUCACCAACAAAGCCGUGUUGUCUCCUGUUCCUAGGGGAGAUGAAGAUCUUCUCCAGGGCAAAGCAGCAGAUGAGCUGACUGCCAUACUGGAAGAGGGCAAGGCAGGCCAUGAAGAAGUCCUGGAGGCUGGCCGUGCGGCAGCCCUUGAUAUGCAGAAAUUGGUUGUCCAAUCCCUGGUUAAUGCCUUUGAGCAAGCUUAA